GGGGUGAGCCGUUAGGGCUCGAUUCUGUUGUGGUCGAGCUUGCCUGAUGCGACAAAGGCACCGCGAGACUUGCAAGAUUGUUGCUUAAAGCGGGGUGGGUAAGAAAAAUAAAACUGUGGAUAAAUCGAAGAGUCCACAUGGAGAUCAUUAAGCAAGGAUAUUUGGUGAAAAGGGGCCACGUUGUGCACAACUGGAAGGCGCGCUGGUUCAUGCUGGAUGGAGAGAGCCUGACCUACUACACGUGCAAGGGCGAGGUUUCCUCCAAGGGCUCCAUCCCUCUGAAGGACUGCCAGAUCGUCAGCCCGUGCCUGGACUACAGCAAGCGCCCUACGGUCUUCAAGGUGGUCAACAAGAAGCAGGAGCUGGUGAUGCAGGCCUCGUCUCUCGAGGAGCGGGACGCCUGGGUGCUGGACCUGCGCUCCGCUGCCCGUUGCCUCCAGGAAGGGCGACCCUUCACGCGGUCCUCACUGCGCCAGUCCAUCCGCCUGGAGCACUCGCUCAACCUCCGAGAGAUCUUGACGAGAAUGAAAGACCCCGAGAGUGGAAUCAAGUCGGAGAGUUGCAACAGCAGCAACAAGCUCUACAAAGACUGCUUCACAGGCGCGUGCGUGGUCAACUGGCUCGUGUCAUCGGAGGUUGUGCGAACCCGCGCCGAGGGCCUCCUCGCGUGCCUCGCGCUGCUGGACGACGGCUACGUCCGCCCGACGGGCGAUCGAGCCAAGUCCGCCGCACACUCGAACUCGCAGUUCCUCGACGACACGGAGGCCCUCUACUGUUUCAUCGACAGCAGGCACGGCGCGCAGGACACGGACAGCGAUGACGAGUGCUCCAUCCUGCGCGAAGAGUUCAGGGGUCGCAUCAUCAAGCAGGGCUGCCUGCUCAAGCAGGGCCACAAGAGGUUGAACUGGAAGAUAAGAAAGUUUGUGCUCAGGGAGGAGCCUGCAUACCUGCAUUAUUACGACCCAACAAAGGAGGAUUCGCGUUACCCCCUUGGAGGCUUCGCGCUCAAAAACAGCAUCGUCUCGGCCAUGGGAGAGGACGGCCUUCCGCCCGGCGGGGACAAGGUGCAGGGCAACCUCAUCCACAUCAUCUCGCCGGAGGACGUGCACUACUACCUGCAGGCCAGCACAUCCGCCGAGCGGCAGCAGUGGAUCGAGGCCAUCAAGCGGCUGUGCUGAGCACGUGGGCCCCUGCGCGAUCGAUGGGAAUCCGGCGGCGUGACAGCGAUUUAGCGCCGCCUUGCGCUGCGAACCGCGGGCGGCCCCGAGUUCAAUUCCCGCACCCCCCUCCUCCCUCCCCUCCGGCCCCCGCUCGUGGUAAACACCGGUGACGAUCAUCUGAACCGGUUCUCGGCCUCACCUAGGUCGACUCAGCCUACAAUUAGUACCUAGUGCGGUGUGUAAAAACCUCGACACUGGGGAGACAAAGGUGGCCGGGCGUGGUGCCGACCACCCACCCCCCUCGCGUGCCAUUCCGGCCUUCAUAGGUGCUGGCUAACAACACUUGCCCCAACAAUCUAUUAAGGCUAUACGGGGGAUCUUUGUCUUUGAUGUGAAACCCGCGGUUCUCACGAUCACCCGGUGAACACUGCAAGCUCAGCCGUACAGUUACCGUCGAGCGGGGCUACACGGUGACCGGAUUGCCAGGGGGUGCGGGUGGAUUUUGGUGGCAUUAAUUGUGAAAGCCGAGGAUAAAUUAGCACCCCCCCCCCGCUUGUCCCUGUUGCCGAUUGGUGCGUGGGUGAGCGGUAGGAGAAUCAUUAGGAGAGUAGCAACCAAAACGCGUCAAGCAGAGAGCCAAUUGACCCCAGAGAUCCCAGACCCAAUUUGCCUUCACGAGCCCGCUUAUUAUGAAAUGGCCGAGCCACAAGCGGAUUCCAUUAAAACAUUUUUUUAUUUUUUUUUAUUUAAACAAGCCACCAACAUGGCAUUGCAGUGACGUGUACGAGCGGUGCCAGCCGGGGGGGGGGGUAAAUUAAAGGGUGACAUUUCGAUAGGAAGCUCCAAUCAAGUUCAAUAGGAAGGUUUAUCCAUCUUUCCGUACUUCACAUCGCUGAGAAACGCACCUCACCUUAGCCCAAUUCCCUGGCCAUCAAGUUCCAGAGGGGGGUGCUCCUCCUCUUCCCCGCUAUGAAAGCAUUCACUCCCUUCCUCCCUCCCCACCAACUUGUAAAAUGGGGGUUCCACCCGUGUUGAUAUGCUUUGUAAUAUGCUAAAAAAAGCUCAUGUAUCCGAACUACAAGUCAUUGCGUGCCUCCGUGAAAUGCUGUGUGUGCGUGCAUGUGAAGGGGAGUCCACGGGAGUCGUCCUGGCAAUGGAACUUCACGGCUCACAUCAGCACCAACACUCGCAGGGCAGGGCAGGCACAGCACGGACGCUUGCAGCGCACCGACACUGUGGUUCACUUCAGCCAAAUCUUCCCGGAGCCCCGAGUCUUUAGCCCCUUGCCUCUUUAUACACCCUCUCGCCUUCUUCCACCCGCUAAAUUGUAUCUUUUGGGGGGGUUUUUUUCCCCCUCCAAUCCCCUUUUCUUUUGCCUUUCUUGCCGGCGCCUUUCUUUAAUUAUUUUUUCUCAACUCGGUCCCUUGACCCCCUUGCCGUGACCCCUGCAUUCAAUCCUGGAGGGUCAUCGCACGACAUUCUCAUUUGCAUAUUUGUGAUGCGCGUGCACUCAGUAUAUGGGGAAAACAACGACGGCCGACAUUCGCCAUGAAGUGUCGGUGACGUCACCACAGGGCUUGUGCCAAGCUAGGUGCACUUUCAGGCCAGAUGAAGUGUCAAAGGCUCGCUGGCCAUAGGUCACGGGACAAACCCAGGUGCUGUGGGUUGACUGAAAUGACUGCCAACUUGCUGUGUUUUAGCCUCCCGGUGCUCCGCUCGUUGUUGUGAGCGUCGCUCUCCUGCCCUCUAUUAUUGGAGGGCGACUGCCUCCAACUGCCCAUUAGCGUCGUUCACGAGCACAAGCUUGUUUGGAUCUUUUCUAGGUGGACACACCUAGAAAGGCUGGCACGGCACACGAGGUCGUGGGUGGCCAGCACCACGCCCGGCCACCUUUGUCUCCCGGGUACUCAGUUGAGGCUGGAUCGACCUCUGGGAGGCCCAGGACCGGUUCAGAUAACUCGUAACUGGUGUUGGCCGUGCGUAGGAAUUGUAACUUCUCUUUUUAUAGUCUGGCUAGCAGCUGUGUUGGAUUCAAGUGCGAUGUAUUAGACGAUAGGCGAACAACUGACGAAGGUAUCCAAGUGGCUCAGAGAACACGUGAGCCAGCACUGCUGUCAACCUGGGUUCGAGUCCGGGUCUCCGCCGCCCGUGAUUUAAAAAAAAACCGGGUUCUAAAUUGUAGCCCAGCCCCCGUAGAUUACACAACACAUCCAUCGCAUUGACUUUGGUUUCGAACUCAAUCGGGUAAAGUUACAGCGAUUUAAAAUAAUAAUAAAAAUAAAAAUGUAAAUUCAACUGCGCCGAGACAUACACAGGAAUUGCCGUCUGCGUGUCAAAGAGCGCCCCUACUCUCGAAAGAAUGAAACGACCACUUGAAGGAUUUCUUUGGUGGAAUAACAUCCGAUGCAAUAUCUCUUCCACUGAGAUUCUCCGCCAAAGUGAGCCGCUCUAUCACGUUUCUGAAUGUAGUCUUCAUCUGGUGGCAUUGUGCCGAUUACCACAAUUCGACUAAAAAAAUUUAAUUCACAAAAUGUUCAUGUAAAAAAAGAGGGAGAUUCGCUUUGGCAUAUUAUUUUUUUACCAGUCGGUCUGCCUCGUGAAAAUGAGCAAAAAAACAAAUUGGACCCCGUGACUGAAUUUACGAGAAAACAUCGAGGAUGAUUACAACAUGUUCGUUAAAGGCAUUCAUUGUGUUACGCCCUUACACAACGGCAGACUUGAACAAAAAAAAACUCUACCCACCAGCAGUUUACUUCUGGCAACUUCGGAAGCACAAUAGCAAACAUUGUACUCCCACGUCUGCCAUGGCAUCCCCCUCCCCAGCAAGCAUCCGAUUGCGCCAGUACAGUGCCAAAUUAAAAUCCAUCCUCGCUGCGCCAUAUGCCGCCCACACAGCUCUUGCAGUUUAACAGAGACGGCCGAGUCAGCGUUUUGUGAUCGUGGCAGGAAGCUCCGUCUCCCCACCGUGAGAAGCCGCAACCAUAACCGCGAGAGAAAGACCAUCCACAUCGGCGCACUGGCUGCACGUGCCACGUUGUACGUCGUGAAAGUCGAGCUGGGCUUCUGCGUUUCUUUGCCAUAUUCCAUCGACCGAUUUAUUGUCGGUGAAGUGAUGCUUUGAAUAAUUAUCUGACAACACGACAAAAAUAGUUGGGGGUGGGGCGGGGAGGUGGAAAAAUGGCUCAGCUCUGUUGCCACGUGUAGGAGGUAAACCGCCAUUUUCUAUUUAGAAAAUAGCCGAGAAUAAUCGACCACGGAAAAAAAUUGCCAACGUAAAUAUUUUAUUUUCAUAAAUCUAUUUUCAUGAAUCUAUUUAACCGACUACUCAUCCGAGCAGUAAUUGCAUUGUUCGUUGCGAAGUCACUUCACCGAGUGGAGAUUUGUUUUAUUUCCAAGUAUGCCCCGAGUCUUUCCCAGAUACCAACAUGCCCUUCUUGCCUUUGUCGGUUUGAAUAACAACAAUAACAGCAAAUGCACGCUAGCAGUCAUGGUCGUUUCGCACAUGUGGCCAAGGCCAAUCAUUGACACGCCGCGAGUCUCUCUUGGAAAUAUGCCUUUGUUUAACUUCCCACACUCAGGACAAAUGAUCUUUGCUUAAAACGCGUGACAUACGUGUCUAUCUUUAAUGAACACACAAUCAGGCACGCCCAGUUUAGGAAAGGCUGAAGAUAAUAAUAAAAUAAUAAUAAUGAACUUAUUUAUUCAGCAUAGCCAUAUUGAGUCUAAGCAGCCUUUUUCAGUAGAGGCCUGCAUUUUUUUAUUUUAAGAUGUUUUCAGCGAAUUCAUGAGCGUUUAUACAAUUGGCAGGAAACCAGAGCACCCAGAGAAAUUGAUACGCGAGCGAGGCAACACUCUAUCCCCGUACAUACAGAUGGAAACAGAUGGUGAUUAGUCCACUUGCUCUACUGCCUUUUACUGGCGAGCCGAGGAUAUGGCAUCUCCUCGACACCUCCGAUUAGCACGGUUGGCUACGUACGGUGCGAAAGAAGUUCAACAUACUGCACAAAUGAUAAUUGGUUUUUUACCCUUUUAUCUGGCAACAAAACUGACACCUUUUUUACGAGGAGUCAUGUUUGCAUAGACCACAAUACCUGCAGUCAUAAUGCAAACAAAAAACCUAACUCUGAUAAUGUAUGCACUGUCCUUGAAGUUGAUUGGUCCACACCCGAGACAGCUUUCCUUAGAGCCUAGUCUCACAUGGGUUGGACCAGAUGACGCCAAAAGGCGCACAACUCAAAGACAAUGCACCAUCAGAGUAUGCGAGCUCGGGGUAAAGCAUUUACACCAUUGAGGUACCAAUGAUACUGCACAUACAUACGAGAGAGUUUCACAAAGUUUGCGUGAUCCACCAACGCUCGCCUCUACGGUGCUGGAUUACAGCAGUUGCUCCACUGCCGCCUGACAUCCUUUGUCCACAGAAUUAUCGGAUGAAGCCACACAAAUAAUGGUAUUGACGUGCGGGUUUAUUUUCGACUUCUUAGAGGUAUUCGCUGAAACUUGCAUUGAAUUCUCAGCUCGCGCUCUGCGGCUUGUGUGCGUGCCUCUAUCAAAGUAUGCUAAAUGUAAAGUGUCCGUGCCCCCAUUUGCUCUGUUAACGCUGUGACGACGUGACGUAGCUUCGUGUACGGUGAUUACUUUGUGUAAGCAUUCGAUUAAAAAUUGCUUGCUUUUUAUGCACGUCUUUUUUUUUGUUACCAAAAACAUUUUACAGAAAGUGUUUCGGGAAAGGCGAAAAGGUGUGGCUG